CGACCCAGUGUGCAGGAGUUGGCGCUGGCCACGGCGCUGCUGCGGGACAGUCCCGCCAGCGAUGAUGGGACAACUGGAGCAUGACCAGAAGUCUGUGUGAGGCUGAUUACCUCACUACCCACAACCCUGUUUGUGAGACUGCGGUGAAUGCUGUUUGCUCCACUGUGACCCAUGCUCGUCUCUGGCAUCCUAACCCUGUCUACUUUUCUGUCCUGAGCUUCAGGACAGAGAACAGCUUGCAUGAUUUCUGAUCUUAUGAACAAAAGGAUGAUGAAGACCAAAGAACUUGAUCUUGGCAUGGGAGACUUGCUAUGCACCGAAUUAACCCUUUAUGGAGCACCUGAGUCCUAACUUGAUCUGCUUUAAUUGGCCCUCCAUCUGUGGUACCAGAAGCAGAAGGCCAAUAGCAAUCCAGGCACCUGAGUAGGCCCAAAGCUGGCAUCUGCCCAUGUGUCCCUUCCGGAUAGACUAUUCACCACCAUGAAGGAUCUUCUUCAGUAUGUCGCCUGUUUCUUUGCCUUUUUCUCCACUGGAUUUUUGAUUGUGGCCACCUGGACAGACUGUUGGAUGGUGAAUGCGGAUGACUCUCUGGAGGUGAGCACAAAGUGCCGAGGCCUCUGGUGGGAGUGUGUCACAAAUGCCUUCGACGGGAUUCGCACCUGUGAUGAGUAUGACUCUAUAUAUGCAGAGCACCCCUUGAAGCUGGUGGUCACGCGAGCAUUGAUGAUUACUGCAGACAUCCUAGCUGGAUUUGGAUUUGUCACCCUGCUCCUUGGUCUUGACUGUGUGAAAUUCCUCCCUGAUGAGCCAUACAUUAAAAUGCGCAUCUGCUUUGUUGCUGGAACAACAUUACUAAUAGCAGGUGCUCCAGGAAUCAUUGGCUCUGUGUGGUAUGCUGUUGAUGUUUAUGUGGAACGUUCUUCUCUGAUUUUUCACAAUAUAUUCCUUGGUAUCCAAUAUAAAUUUGGUUGGUCCUGUUGGCUUGGAAUGGCUGGGUCUCUGGGCUGCUUUUUAGCUGGAGCUGUCCUCACUUGCUGCCUAUACCUCUUUAAAGAUGUUGGGCCUAAGAGAAACUAUCCUUAUUCCAUGAGGAAACCCUAUUCAACGACAGGUGUUUCCUUGGCCAAGUCCUAUGGGGCCCCUCGGACAGAGACUGCCAAAAUGUAUGCUGUGGACACAAGAGUGUAAAGUGCCACGUUAUCAGUCUGUUUGUGUUAUUUAAUUAAUUAAUCAAUAUGUUCAAAUUAAUAAAAUAGUGGCUCAAUCCUGGGACAGUUAUUUACACUUCAUAUUCAAUUAAAUUAAUGGCUAGCUUAAUCAAAAGUUCUGAUUCUACCAUCACUCCUGUUUCUCUUUCUACUCUCUACAUACACUUUCCCUAUGUUUUAAGGUAAGGUUGCUAGAAUGUGGAGAUGUUUGUUCCUGAUUUCUAUAUUGCUACUAGACAUGACCACAUGGUGAUAAUAAAACAUAAAGCAAUCUUCAAAAGUG